AUGUCCACCGCGGUGGGCCGCGCCGCAGCGGAGCUGGGCUUCGCCCCCGUGCGGGUGACGUGCGAGGUCAACCGCCCCGAGCUGGUGCACUGCGCCGUGCGGCCGCAGUACGACCCCCCGCCCCGGCGGGGCGGCUGCCUGGCGGCGGGCGGGGAAGCGGACUCCUCGGGGGUACCAGCUGGACGAGUACCAGCAGAUCGCACGGGACGCGCUGCUGCGGAGAGCGAGAGCGUGGUCGUCUCCGCGCCGACCUCGUCUGGAAAGACCACCGUGGCGAUCUCGGCGCUGGAGGCCGCGCUCCGGGACCCAGAGGCGCGCGCCGUGUUCUGCGCGCCGAUCAAGGCCCUCAGCAACCAGAUGUUCUCGGAGUUCCACCGCCGGUUUCCAGGCAAGGUGGGCCUGAUGACCGGUGACCACAGCAUCUCACCGUCCAGCCCCAUCCUGGUCGCCACGACAGAGAUCGUCAGGUGCCUGUUGCACGUGGACGCAGAGUUCUCCACCAGGCUGCGGACGAUCAUCUUCGACGAGGUGCACUACCUCAGCGACUCCGAGAGGGGCCCCGCGUGGGAGGAGAGCAUUGUCCUGCUAGCACCGGGUGUGUCCAUCGUCUGCCUGUCGGCCACCAUUCGAAGAAGAGAGCGUCCAGGUCAAGGGCAGGCCCGUGCACACGGUCCAGAAGCGCGGGCGGCCAGUCCCUCUGCGGCACUUCGCCUUCCCGAUCGGCGCCGACCCCGACGACGAGCAGCAGCUCCUCGAGGUCCGCGACGCCGCCGGCAAGGUGGACCGCGCCGCCAUCGACGCGGCGGCCUCGGCCGUGCGGGCGUGGCACAAGCGGUUCCGGGAGGGCGGUCGGCGGGCUGCACAGGCCGCCGAGCGGGGCGAGCCCGAGCGCGCGCGCAAGCCAGGCGACUCUCUGGCGCCGAGCCCGGCGCAGGCGCUGGACGAAGAGCGCCCGCGGUCCCUGCGCAGGCUCCUCGCGGCCCUCGUCAAGCAGAAGAGGACGGGCCCAGUCAUCGUGUUCUGCUUCCGGAAGAAGGACUGCGACAGCCUCGCCCAGCCGCUCCUGUCCUCGGGCGUGCUGGCGAAGCUGGCAGGCGAGAGCGCGCCAAGUCGCGCCCCGAUCGUUCGCAAGCAGAUCAAGGACCAGCUGCGCUGGAUUCCCGAGGAAGACAGGCUGCACUGCGAGCAACUCAGGUGGUUCACGGAGGAUCGGAGGACGAAUUGCUUCCCAGUGGCAUUGGUGUCCACCACGGCGGUGUCGUGCCGUUCGCGAGGGAGAUCACGGAGGUCCUGUUCAAGCAGGGUCUCCUGGACGUGCUCUUCUGCACGGAGACGUUCGGCAUGGGCUUGAACAUGCCGGCGAGAGUCGUCGUGUUCCAUUUCAGGCCCCGGCAGCCCCUCACGAAGUUUGACGGCCAAGGGCAGAGGUUCCUGACCCCGCUGGAGUACCAGCAGAUGAGCGGCCGAGCUGGGCGCAGGCAGUUGGACACGCACGGCACAUCCAUCGUGACCCUGGACGACACGUUCGACCCGAACGCCUUCGCGGCCAUGCUGGACCGGCCGAGUCCGCCUGUCUGCAGCCGGUACGAGAUGCAGGCCAGCUCGGCGCUGCGGCUCCUGAAGCACGGGCCGCAGCACAUGUGGUGGUUUGUCUCGCAGACGCUGCUGCAGUUCGAGGAGCGGGAGAGAGAGAGGCGGGACUGCGUGCUGCUCAAGCCGCUGGAGGCCCUGAAGUGCGCGAUGGCUGACCCGGCAAUCGGCCUGCUGGACUCUUCUGGGCACCCCACCCAACUCGGACUCGCAUGCUCGGCCUGCGAGAGCAGCGACGCUCUGCUCAUGGCGCGGCUGCUGAGCGCGGGCUGCCUGCAGAGUGCGGACCCCGUGGACCUGGCGGCCUACCUCACGGCGUUCGUGCUCGAGCGGGGGGGGCCCGAGGCCGGCGGGGCGGCGGAGGAGCGCGCCCGGGAGCACCCGGGGCUCUGGGCUCUGAAGCGGUGGUGCCAGGAGAGGAAGCGCUCGAGGUGGACGGCGCCAUCGGCCGGUCCGGCCUGGCGAGGAAGAAGGACCGAGGACGAUGGCACCGUGGCGCAGCGGUUGCAGGAGAGGGGCCAUUUAGCGGAGGCCUUCAAGGCCACUUGGCUCAACUUUGGGACCCUGGACGACACGGCCGUAGCCACCGGCCUCGACUCUGGGUCACUCGCACGCCUCGUGAGGCGCAUGGACGAGUGCGGCCGGCAACUGACCGUCGCGAUGCGGAUCUUGGGCGACAGCGCUGCCGCGAGUGGCCUGGAGGCCGUGCUCGGGGAGAGGCUGCGGCGCGGGCUGCCCUUCUGCGAGUCGCUCUAUUUCCCGGAGGAGCUGCGCGGCCGCUCGGACGAGGUGCUGGACGGCCUCAUGGCGGCAGAGCGGUCGGGCGACCCGUGGGCGUGCCCCCACGCGCCCGGCAGCCAGGUGCGCCUGGAUCCGAGGGAGGUCGGCUUCUCCCACAACACAAUCAAGCGCUGCUUCCAGGAGGGCGACCACGACCUCAGCGGCGUCCCGAUCCGCACCGCCGCCGCAGAGCUGCUGAGGGGCGAGAGGAGCGUGGAGGACUUCUGCCUCGACCUCAAGGUCGUGUCCUACAACGGCCUCUGGUUCACGCUGGGGAACCGCCGCCUGGCCACGUUGCGACUCCUGGCCAUGCUGCGGCAGCGGCUGGACGACCAGCGCCCCGCGGAGUUCCCCUUCACCGUGGCCUCGCGCGCAGAGGCCACCGAGUGGUGCUGGGAGUCCAAGUUCACGACCGGCACCUUCCGCGGCGCGCGCGUGAUCAUCCGAGAGACGGGGGAGGUCCUGGGUCAGGGGCUGCUCGACUCGCUGAUCAGCCUGGAUGAGGAGGACAGCGACUGGUACGCCGACCAGGAGAGGGCGAGGCGGGCAGCUUCUGGGAUCAGUACGACCGCCUCCCCCAGAGCGUGCGGGAGCCAGAGGAUCGGAGCCCGACGUGCUGGACGAACCCGCCGGCGGCCCCGCCGGCAGGGCCCCGCGCGCGCCACCCGAGUGCUUCGUGUGCGGGGAGCGCGGCCACAUGGCGAGGGAGUGCCCGCGCCGCGCGGGGGGCCAGCGGGCCCAGGGCGGCAAGGGCCGCUCCGGGGGAGGCACAGGCGCGGGCGGCCGGGGCCCCGCGGAAGACUGGCGCGGGCCCGCGCCGCCGGCUGCCGCUCCGGAGGCGCCGCCAGCGAUGUCGGAGGACAGCUUCCCGGCGCUCGGCGCGCCGGCAGGGGCCGGCAAGGGCAGGGGCAAGUCCGCCGCGGCCGUGCCCCCGGCGCCCGCGCUGGCCGCGGAGGAUGA